AUGUCUCUUAAUUGUCCUAACAAAUAGUUUAACUCUGAAUACUAUACUCUGCUUAAUGGAUUAGAACAAAGUUUCUUUAAAGAGGAGACUGAUUAAAAAGACUUAAUGCAAUUAAUAUUAAGUAUAGCCCAUUUAGUUGAGUAUUUUGAUUUGAAAAAAGAUCCUCUUAAGGACUAUUUUUUGGAGAAAAUGCAAUUUAUUCUUUCUAGACCUUUUACAAUCUGUAAUUUAAAAAAGAAAGAAGAUGAUACAUCAAAUAUAGAAAUGAAGAAGUCACGCUUCUCUCAUUUCUCUUAAAAUGUUUAAAAAUUAGAGAUGUAAUCAUUAUUAUAGAGUAACUCAGAAGAAAACGAAGAAAGAAUAAAAUUAUUAUAAGAAGUAAAUAACUCAUCUAUAAUAAUAGGAUUAUGAAAAAUAACUCAAAGAUCAAACUUUAUUAGUUUAAAUGGAUUUGAACCAUUAGAUGGGUAAAUUAAAAAAUAAACUUCUUCAUCGAAAAAAUAAAAGUUUGUUUUCUCCUUCUUGUAGAAUCAAUAAUGAAGAGGAUUAAUUUAAGAGAUAGAAUCGAUAAAAUACAUGCUAAAGUCCUAAUUCUUAGAAUUCUUAAAUGGAACAAUUUUGUCUUGAUGAUGCAUGUCCAAAUGUGACAUUACAAAAUUAAUGA